UCUGCCCGAGCUAAAAGCGCCCCAGCGAUCAAAUACCCAGAGUUAAAAUCCUUCCUUAAAAAUCAGAAAUCCGUGCAUAAAUCGUCGCAGGGGCUGAGCGCAAUUUACUUCACGAACACAUCUCGAUAG